CGGUUUGGCAUCACUGAAGUACCAGCUGAUGUGGUCAGUUAUUUGUCACGUGCAGCAGAAAGUAGAUUAAGGAGAAUUUUGGAAAAACUGACGAUUAUAGCACAAAGCAGAAUGGAAUCCUAUAAAGAUGAUAAAUGGCAUGAACAAGGAACUGAUGUCAGAUCUCAACUGAAAUUCUUUGAACAGUUGGACCGGCUAGAAAAACAGAGAAAGGAUGAACAGGAAAGAGAAAUUUUACUAAAAGUCGCAAAGAGUCGCUCAAGGCAAGAAGACCCAGAGCAAGCUAGAUUGAAACAAAAAGCAAAGGAGAUGCAGCAACAAGAGUUAGCUCAGAUGAGACAGAGGGAUGCCAACCUAACAGCGUUAGCAGCCAUUGGUCCACGAAAGAAGCGGAAGCUAGACUCGCCUGGUCACCCUACAUCAGGUGCUGAGGUCUGUGGUGCUUCAAGUGAUGCUCAGGUAGUUUCGGGCUCAUCCUCUUCCAGACAGCAUGGAAGGCAGAGAAUAACACGAGUAAAUCUCAGGGAUUUUAUAUUCUUCUUGGAACGGGAAAAAGAGACUAGUCAUUCUCUCAUGCUUUACCGUACUUUACUGAAAUAAAGCCAGUGGAUUACUGUUUUCCAUAAGAACAACCUCUAGCAACAUUCUCUUUUCUCUCUAAAAAUGUGCCUUCUGUUUUUGCAGUUUCUGUGUUUUCUUGUUUUAAAAAUAUUAAUAAAUAUUUCAGAUGCUGUAACUUGAAAUUUUCCCUGAUCAAAGAUGUACUUAAGGUUUUUGCACAGAUAGUUAAUCCAAUUUUAUAACAGUUAGCCAUUUUAUUACUUAACAGUUAUGAUAGUGCUAUCUAUCUUCUUCUGUGGAUCUCACUAGCAAGUUUAUUCAGCACGCAACUCAUCAGUUGAAUAACAAACCAAAGUAAGUUAAAGAUCCCUCCCCUUUUUUUAAUAUUUCAAACUUUUAUUAACAUUCAUAAUCUUACAGCCAUUACUUAUUUUGUUAAUCACAAUAUUAUACAUCAGUGAAUUGUGAGUCUAAGUAUCUUGCAGAGUAUGCUAUACUGCCGUUUGUUUUUGGUCCAAGUGAGAGCAGCCAUAGAAAUGAAUCGUGUUUGCUUGAUUAACUAGUAAAGUAGUCAACAAUGUGGCAGGAAAACUGUCAUACACAUUUUAAGCUUAUUAACUUCUAUCCCUUCUUCCUCCUUCCUCCUUUAUUGGUGAAUAAUUUUCAGAUGAUUAUCUCAUCUUAAGUUGUCUUCCACCUGUCUUGGGAAUUCUAGAAUACACCAGUAGUUUGUCCACAUAAUACUCAGGUCUUCUUAUCCAUAUUCUAGGUAGUAGAACAAAGAAAUGUACAGAUGACAGACUAGGCAUCUGAUUGCAUUUUAAUGUGGAUUGACUCCUCCAGCUAAAUUUGUGUAGCAAGACAAGCCUGAAUGCUGUCUUGCAAUUAGUUGUUUAUGCAGUACUAGUGCAAUAUGGCUUAAUCCAUCCCUCCCUUCCUUCCUAAUAAUAAACAUUGGCUUCUUCUCCUUCGGACUGCACUCCAUUUGAUAGGUAAUAUUUGCCUUUCACAGUAAACACACUCUUAAUGUCUCUGCUCUCGAGUCUGUUGGAGAUCAGAAUCUGUCUUGCUGUCCAUUAAUUUGUACAAGCACCAGUAACUGCAAUAUCCAUAUGCAUUAUUAUGCAGUUUGCAUAGAAAAACAGUGCAUGUAAGGUGACAUAAGCUUACAAGUCUGUCAUUUUUCAUUUCCACUUCAUUUAUGCUAUAUUGUCAUCUCCUAACAAGCAAAACAAGGAUGUACACUACUUUUAGUCAUUUGUAGCUGAUCAGCACCACAUCUUAAAGGCCCCAUGACAUUUUCCAGUUUUGCAAACUAUAAAGGACCUUUGUACAUCUGUAGUCAUGUGAUCUAUGCAUUAUUGAUGUUUUUUUCAGCUUGUCUAUUUAAUGUGACUUAUUUAUUAUUGAGAAUUAUGGUUUAAUUGCUGUUUUUUUUUGAAAGGAUAUAUGUAUUUAAAGUAUUUGUUGAUUUUAAAUGUUACUGUUUAUGCUUGCGUAAGCAAGAUAAACGAAGGACUGUCUGUUUAUUAAUGCAAUGGCAGUAUUGUCUACGGGAAGAGUUUUAUGAUUAUUUAUAGUCUGAUUUUGUAUCUUACUCAUGUUUGCCACUUUUCAGGCACAUCGGCUUUUCCCAUUGUGGGUCUGGUUGCAGAAGCACAAGUCAAAAUAUUUCUUCAAUAGUUUUAUAAUGAAAAUUAUUAUUAUUUUUAUGGUUUAUGAAAAAAUAUGCAGAUUUUUUUCUGCUGCUCUUUAGCCAAAAGAUUAUUAGGAUAGUGUAGCUUGAAACAGGAACUUGAAAAUCGUGUUUGUAAGAACCAGUAAUUUGUACAUAUUGUUUUACAAAGAGCUUGUGUUUAUUAGCAUUAUGCUAUUUUUGGUAAAUUCUGUAUAUACUCAGAAAUGUCCCAGUUGUGUGAAAAAUAUACUUCCUUAUUUGUAUGUAUUUUGUAAAAAAUAAAAAGUUUACUGAACUAUUACAUUUACAACAACGAUGUGUGCAUUUGGUUGCUAAAAUCCAUUAACUUUUACACUGUAAUACAGUUAACAUUUUUAAUUUAUUUUUUAAUAAACUGUAACAAAACA